UUGGUCGACGUCGUGGGGCCGUUGGUUCUCUCGGGCUGAAGUUUGCUUAUUGGCACCGAUUUUGAACUAAAUAGCGGAUUUAAGUUGCCAAGUUGUCGGCUAGCCUGCGAUAACAUGCUAGCGCCCCGGUAGUCACCCGGGCGACGAGAAACACGCUUGUUCCAGCGGGCGGGACUGACGCCGGGCCGCGGGGAGCGUUAGCUGGCGUCCCUGAAGCGGCAUCAGGCGGUGAUGGUCAAACCCGAACAGGAGAGAAGAAACCCCCUCCCCAGUCGUUGGUAGCCUCGCGUCGACCACGUCUCGGAGUCCGCAGCUGGAUGAGGUCGGCUGUGACGUGUCCGGUCCACGGAAAUGCCGCCAAACAAACGGAUCCAGAAAAAAACGCCGCUCGAGCUGGAAUGCGAAUGGGGCUCGUGUCAAGAGUCCUUCAGCCGCAUGGAGAGCUUCUGCAAGCACGCGGAGGGUCACCUCAAAGCGCUGAGCGCCUCAGAGGAGGAGGACGACGAGGAGACCUUGGGUGAACACAACUGCCUGUGGAGAGAUUGUGGUUUCUGCUCUGUGGAAGGUCCUGAGGAGCUGCGACGUCACUUAUUCUUCCACUGUUACCACACUAAGCUCAAACAGUGGGGUCAGCAGGUGCUUAAUUCUCAGCCCAGCAUUGGUACCUGCUCCAUUGGCUACCAGAACCACAACAUCAUCCCUGAAAUCCCAGACAACUUCACCUGCUUAUGGGAGGAGUGUGAGCAUGCCCCAUAUGAGAACCCUGAGUGGUUCUACCGCCAUGUGGAGAUGCAUAGCCUGUGUAUAGACGUACCAGUUGGUGACAGUGAAUGCUUGAUACGCUGUGGAUGGAAGGAUUGUGAAGCCACCGUUAAAGGGCGUCCUAAACUGCGCGAGCAUCUUCGUAGCCACACUCAGGAGAAGGUGGUGGCGUGUCCAGGGUGUGGAGGAAUGUAUGCUAACAACACAAAGCUCUUCGAUCACAUCAAACGACAGAGUGCCAUGGAAGGUCAGAGGUUCCAGUGCUCUCACUGUUCCAAACGUUUUGCAAUAGAAAGGCUACUGAGAGACCACAUGAGGACCCAUGUGAACCACUAUAAAUGCCCCCUGUGUGAUAUGACCUGCCCAUCACCGUCAUCGCUGCGGAACCAUAUCAAGUUCCGCCACAGUAACGAGAAGCCAUACAGCUGUGAAUACUGCGAGUACAGUUGUAAGAACCUGAUCGACCUGCAUAAACACCUAGACACCCACAGCAGUGAGCCUGCAUUUCGCUGUGACGUUCCUGGCUGUGACUUUAGCUCCCGUACCCUCCGCACCAUGAACAUUCACCACAAAAGAGAACAUGAGGGGGAUUUUGUGGCUCGGUACAAGUGUCAUGUGUGUGAUCAGUGCUUCACUAGGGGCAACAACCUCACAAUCCAUCUGCGCAAAAAGCACCAGUUCAAAUGGCCCUCUGGGCACCCCAGGUUCAGGUAUAAGGAGCAUGAAGACGGCUUCAUGCGGUUGCAGCUAAUUCGCUACGAGAGCGUGGAACUGACGGAGCAGCUGAUGAGGGAAAGACACGAUCGACAAGGGGAUGAGGAUGCGGGCGAGACAGAGGGCCUGGGGCUGGAGGAAGAGGCUGAGGUGGCAGCCCCCACAGAGAUGCCAGCGGAGCUGCGAGGAGUACUUUUGGAGGAGGAGGAGGAGCAAAGGACAGAGGAGCAGACCAGGGAAAGUGGGGAGGGGGCUCAGGAAGAGGGGAUGUUCUACGUUCUGACUGAAGACUUGUCCCCAGCAGGGGAAGACACUGUCAUACUGCAGCUUCAGGACACUGCCAAGCAGCUGGGGAUGCAGGUGGUUUGACAGCCACAGAAGCCCAAUAUACAUACACAGAGAACUCUGUCUUCAGCUGGGCCAUUACAGACACGAUGAUGGUCCAUCUUAAUUGGAAACCUAUAUUAGGUGAAACACUUUUGUUUAACGUGGGUUUUUUUUUCUUCUCUGAUUCAGAGACUGUAGAUUUACUUUUUCAGUUUUCUACUCACCCGUUUCCUUGUGACAAAGUCCAGAUGUUGGGUUGUACUGCAAAGCAAGUUUUUGAGUUUGCGAGGGUUGUUCCAAAUUUUCUGUCAAGUCCAAUUACUUGCCUCCUCUUGGACAAACCUGAAAACUCAAAACAGCCCAAAGAUUGGAUUGUGAAUAUGAUUCAGCCAAACCAGUUGAAUCCUGGCUUGCUGGUUAAGUGAUGCACUUUGCCUGAGAAACAAAUGUGAUUUUUUUACUUCUUUUUUUUUUUGGUGCCUAAUCUACAACUUUAAUGCAGCUCAUGUUGAAACGUUUGCAUAAUUCCUAUUGGAGAUUGUUUUUGUUAACCUUUAUCAAUUGAUUGCUGAAUUAUAAUGCAUUACACACUAUUAUUGCGAAAGAUGCAUGGCCCCUAAAACUGUGUUGGGUAUUCUUGGUCUUGGAAGAAACCGACCUAAACAGCAGACAUACAGUGGCAGAAUUUUAAGAUUAUUUAUCUGGAUGCCUUGAGAGAAAGAACGAACCUACCUCAAAACAAGCAUCUGCCUUCAUUUGCAAAGGCAUACCAGCCUAUUAUAUGCCCCUUCUCCCAUUUGGCAGGAACCAACCUAAGUUUCAACUCUGUCAUGUCUUGCUGCCCAUAC